AUGAGAAACCUGCAGCUACUAUCCGAAGCUUCCAGGUUUUUUCUAAUAGAAGGUCUCGGUCUCCCUGAUGAUGGCUCUAUUCGAUCUUCUGAACGGACCGUUACCGAGACUUCCCCUAUGACCACCAGCAAUAGCCUCUCAUCGGCUCAUCACUUUGUUUCUUUAAAGCUGACCUCUUUUGGCGGACACGGCUCAUCGGCUCAUCUCUUUUGGCGGACACAGAUGCUACCGUUUCUUGAAGGUCAAGGUCUUCUCGGCUUCAUCGAUGGUAGUCUACAAUACUCGGUCACAGCGUUGGCCGACGCCUCUACCUCGACUGUCGACAGUCUCACGGCAGCGAGUGAACUCGUCGCUCGGCAGGUAGCUUGGAAGAGACAAGACAAGGCUAUUUUGUCCCUCUUAAUUUCGUCUCUUUCGGAGGAGACGAUGCGGUUCGCCGUUGGUCGGUCUACUUCCCGGCAACUCUGGCUCACCAUCGAACAAUCUCUUGCCUCUUCCUCGCGUUCUCGGGCAUUGCGAAUAUUCGGUGAAUUGCAAGCCCUUCGGACAGGUGAUUCUUCCAUCGCAGAUUAUAUUGGUCGUGCACAGUUGUUGGUUGAUGAUUUGGCUUUUGCCAGUCGUGAUGUUACGUUAGACGACCAUAACCUAUACGUCUUCCGUGGCUUGCGAUCUGAGUUUCGUCCACUUGUAGCAACCCUAGCUCGGGGUGCUGCGGUUCCGCUUGCAGAGGUGGCGGAUUUCUUGGUGUCACAAGAGUGGAUCUGCGCUGUCGAUGGAGACGGCGGGGUACCGCCGGUUGCAAUGGUUGCUGGCCGAGGCGGUGUGGCCCCCAGCCACGGUGGUCGUGGCAACGCGACACAGCAACACGAUCGCGGUCGAGGAUCGGGCAGCAGCAGACGCUGGCGUGGCUCGGGCACGGGUCCUCGGUGCCAAAUAUGCAACAAACAAUGA